AUGGUCCUGGUUGUUGUUGCAGCAUUCGUUGUUUCAUGGACUCCAUUUUUUAUGGCCAGUAUGAUUAACACACUAACUGGAAUACUAGAGACCGGAAACUUUAUGUUUGUGUUAUGCCUCAUCCACACUUGCGGAUUUAUAAACAGUAUGAUUAACCCCUUCAUAUAUGUGUGUAUGAGCGGUCGUUUCCGUUAUGGAAUGUGCAACGUAAUGGCUUUAUUCAUUUAUCCUUGUGGUGGUAGACGAUAUGUCAGAAAUAUUGAGCCUACACGGCGGAUCAGCUUAAGCGACAGCAGCCGUUCCGAACAAGAUUUCAACCUGCGACGAAAAUCCUCAGCCAUGUCAAACAUUUCGUCGGAUCGACGAGUUUAUACAUCACGGAGAAGUUUUUCGCGCAAGGAGAGCACCCUUACAAACACAAAUAUUGGACGGAACUGUGACGAGGCAACCGAUGGCAAUUCCACAGCAAUAUCAAUCACACGACAGGAACAACAGAGCUUGAUGUGCAAUGAGGUCUCACCAGUAACCAACAAAUCAAAGACUACCGGUAGUGAAUAG